AAAAUGUCAGUGCAUCUUAUGGAGCGAAUAUGGAGCGGCCAGUCCGGUAUUUCCACCGCUGCUGUGUCAGAAUACCGGGCCGGCCGCUCAGCUCUGCAGCGGGACCUUAUGGAGAUGACUGCUGACCUUUGGGGAGGUGGGGGAGCAGGUACCUGAAUUUGACAGGUACCCGCUCUUACUUCCGCGGAGUUGUUCUUUGAUCUUACCUGUUCCUCUAUCCAGCGGCGCGCUGUCAGCAGUCGUCUCCUGUACUGUCCCCAGUCUCUGGUCAUCCCUGUGCUGUCCGCAGCAGUCUCUGGUCA